AUGACUACUACCAUGCGCGCAAUCGGCGUCCACGGCGGCAAGGGCCCCGCCACAGCCCUACACGUCACUGACAUCCCCAAGCCGAUCCCCGCACCAGGCCAAGCUCUCAUCAAGAUCCGCGCCUUCGGGCUCAACCGCAUGGACCUGCUACAGCGCGAGGGCUUGUAUCCGCUGCCGCCACAGGCACCGGAGACGCUUGGUGUGGAGUUUAGCGGUGUGGUGGAGGGAUUUGGGGAUGAGGCUGCUGCUGCGGGGUGUGGUUUCCAGCGCGGGGAUGAGGUGUUUGGGUUGGCGUAUGGUGGUGCUUAUGCCGAGUACAUUGUUGUCUCGACGAAGAUGCUUGUCCACAAGCCGAAGGAGCUCUCCUGGGAAGAAGCGGCCGGUGUGCCAGAGACCUGGAUCACCGCCUCUCAAGCACUCUUCCUUAUCGGCGAAUUCAAAGCCGGCCAGUCCGUCCUCUGGCACGCCGGUGCCUCCUCCGUCUCCAUAUCGGGCAUCCAGCUCGCCAAAGCCGAAGGCGCGUCCGCAAUCUACGCGACAGCGGGCUCGCAAGAGAAGAUCGAUUUCCUCGAAAGAGAGCUCGGCGUCACUAAAGCCUUCAACUACAAGACCGACGACUGGGCCGCCGAGAUCCAGAAGGCCACCGGCGGCGCCGGCGUCAACCUCACCAUCGACUUUAUCGGCGCGCCCUAUUUCCAGGGCGACCUGGACGUGGCGGCGCGCGAUGGGCGUGUCGUGUUGCUGGGCCUAAUGGGCGGAGGCAAGUUGCCGGAUGGGGUGAAUAUUGCGCCGCUGCUGUUUAAGAGGAUUCGUGUUGAGGGGAGUACGCUGCGUAGUCGGGACGUGGAGUACCAGGGGCGUUUGAGGGAUACGCUGGCGGAGCAUGCGCUGCCGAAGUUCUGUGAUGGGACGUUCAAGGUCUUUGUUGAGAAGGUGUUUCCGUUUGAGGAGAUUGUUACGGCGCACCAGUUGUUGGAGAGUAAUCAGACGAAGGGAAAGAUUAUUUGUGUAAUGAAUGGUGAGUAA